AUGAGUCCACACUUCGGCGAGGUUACAGUUCCCGAAAGUAACCAAUUUGAUAUCGUCAUCAAGGUAUGGGUACGAGCCGGUUCUCGCGACCCAUGGACCCUUUUCAUACGAUGGCACGCUGACCUCCGCCACCUUCUGGCGGUGCCAAAUGUUGAAAUCGACGAUGUAUUUCACGAUAACUGCGUCAUCGUCAAACUACAAGAUCAGUACUAUACAUCGGCCAGUUCAAUGAAGAAGGCAUCUCGUACCCAAAGUCAUUCCAGGAACCACACUUAUAUGCUUGGCUCGUACAGCUUUGAUGGGAUACGAUCUCUCAACAGUCUCGAUAAAUCCAUUAAAGAACUCCACCACUCCAAGCAUACCAUCUCCAAGACCAUCGACACCAUUAUCGACAACAAAAACAACCUUGGCGAGGAGGUGCUACUGAACGAAUCAUUACGGCUUAAGGUAAAUCUUGGUCGGCUUUCAAAGGAUAUCAUCAAACAAAGAAGUACCAACGAUAAUGUGAUGUCCGAGAUCAUGAAUCUCAAGAUCAAAAUCAACGAGAUUUCUCUGUUCAAAGACGACGGGAAACGGGAGUUCACCAGCAACGCCGAGCUGGAGAUCCAAUUUGUGCAGAACCAGAUUCCAAAUUACCAGGACAGUUUGGAUGGCAUCUUUUCCUCAAUGAGGACGCACCUUAAACGGUUUGGGACAAUUAUCAGCGAUAUCAUCCAGAUAGAGAAACGAGACGACAUGUACAAUUUAUACGUGAUGGGCCUUGAAUUUCCUGCAAACAUCCAGGACUUACUACACAAACUAUAUCAUGAGGACUCCCGGUUGGGAAGUGAGUACGACUUAGAAGAAGGCCAUUCGGUGGUAAUCACUCAGAUCAACACGGGCAUUUGGUACAUCAUCCAAACGGUGGAGGCAUUGAUCCAAAUCACCAACCUUCAGGUGUAUUACGCCAUCCGAGUCCAAGGAGAACGAGUGGUAAUUGAGGAUUUCAAAGGCAAGUGUUACCCUCUCUUGUAUGAUCCGGCAAGUACGAAAAAGCUGAACGAAGGCACCAAAAACCAGCCGUUUGAAACGGCCAUAAUGCUUCUCAACAAAGACUUACUUCUCGUGCUCCACAACGUGAGCACGCUCUACCGCGCGUUCGACCCAGCGGCCGCACCACUUCUCAAUAAUAUCCCCAUCGACUGUUUAGACAACUUCUUGUGGAACCUACAGUAUGUGCUACUUUACAUCACCGCGGGCGAAGUCUAA